ACGGCCGGCGAAAUUAGUCGCAGUUAGUUUAAGUUCGAAAAGCGAUCAGUCGACUUCAAGAUAAAAGAAGAGUGACAUUAACGAUAAAAAUAAAGUUCUUUUUUUUAACGAUCGAAAUAAAUUAAACGAAAUUUAUACGAGUGUACGUUCAAAUUAACACCUUGAAUAUUGAAAAAAUACGAUUCUAUACGGUUAAAAAAGAAACCGUAAAAAAUUCAAAUAAGAAAAAGAAAAAAAGAACGAAGAAAAAAUAAGAAAAGAAAUUCGAAAAUAAAAUGGCAUUAGUACCGAGCAGUUUGUUCCGUAAUUGGUGGGAUGAAAUGGACCGUUUUCAUCGCGAAUUGGAACAACAUUUUCAACGUUUAUCAACGACAAAUGAUUUCCCUCGUCCGCCAGCAUUGCCAUCAUUCAAAGAAUUUUUCCAUCCUUGGCGCGAAGUAUUCCAGGAAUUAGAAGAACAAGUAGGAGGCUCAACAAAGAUCGAAAAGGGCCAAGAUAAAUACAGAGUGAUCGUCGACGUACAACAAUUUGCACCCGAAGAAAUAACUGUUAGAACGGAUGACAAAUGUAUUACAAUUGAGGGUAAACAUGAGGAGAAGAAAGAUCAACAUGGUUAUAUCUCACGACAUUUCGUACGACGAUAUCAAUUACCUCAAGGUUACGAUAUCGGCCAUGUUCAACCAAGCUUAUCGUCCGAUGGCAUUCUAACUGUCACUGCACCAAGACUUGUUUUGCCUGCACCUGGCGAAAGAAUUGUUCCGAUUGAACGUCAAAACAGACCGGCCAUUAAGGCUGCCUAAAGAGAGAAAAAAAAAAAGAAAAGAAAGUGACAAAAAAAAAACAAUCGUUCAAAACAAAAUUCGCGGGUAUAUUUGAAAUCUUCGCUUUCUUUCUAUCUUUCUAUCCAUUUCCCUCUCUCUCUCUCUCUCUCUUCCUGUAGCCGAUAUUCUAAUAUAUUAUAUUAGCUUUAAUGGCUUUGUAAUUUAGUCAUAUAUAUAUAUAUAUAUAUAUAUAUAUAUAUAUAUAUAUAUAUAUAUAUCUAAAUUAUUGCUUGUUAUACAAGAGUAUCAUAACAUAUAAAUAAUAUUUGUAGUAUUCUAAAUAUUACGCAAAAUUGUGUUAAUAAUAUUCUCGUAUAUCGAUUGAAGAUCAACGAUGAAAAACUAAAAGAAGAAAAGAAAGAAAAAGAUGAAAGAACAAAAAAAAACCGUGUACGAAGAUUCCUGUUUUAUUAUGAUUUUUCUUUUAUGUAUAUAUAUAUAUAUUUGAUAGAUAUCGGCUGUCAAAUUAGCACAUCGUUUAUAUGGUAAUCGUUAAUCUUUUUUUUUUUUCCUUUUCACUUUCAAAAUUAGAGUUUCGAUGAUGUAUUAUACAAAUAAUAGGUACGAUUCCGAGAAUUACUGUUAUGAGAUAAUUGAAAUCAAGUCACGUAAACAUGUGUCUCAUUAUCUGAAAAAUGUGUAUGGAUAGGAUCGAAUGCGUAAUUAUAGAUACAUGAUAAAUGCAUAAGACAAAUACACGUAACAAACUGUUAUUAAACAAAAAACAAUAUCAACACUUUGCCAAUAUACGCAUACUUGCAAUAUUCAAUGUUCGAAACUUUUCAUAAGCUUUUCAAUAAAUAUAAUAUUGUUACGUAUAAAA